CAUGCCCGCGCUGGCAGGUUUCUGUGCAAUCACUAAUCAGUAUAAACUGAACUUAUCGCUAUGACGUACGUGGAGUUUGCAGUGAACGGAAAAAAAUGUCGGGUCGACAACAGAUAUCCGCGCUACCUCUCCUUAAAUGCCUACAUCAGGUACUAUCUGGAGCUACCUGGGACGAAGGCUAUGUGCCACCAAGGAGUGUGUGGUUCUUGUAUUGUGAUGGUGCACGCUUGCAGACCAACCUUCGGGAAUUAUGAGACGUUUUCCGUUAAUUCUUGUCUGGUCUUGGCUGUAUCAUGUCAUGGGUGGGAAAUAACGACGAUCGAGGGGGUGGGCAGCAGACGCGUUGGGUACAGUGAGGUGCAGAAGCGCAUGGCUGCUAACAAUGCCUCCCAGUGUGGAUACUGUACCCCAGGAUGGGUGAUGCAGUUGCAUAGUCUCCUCGAUAAAAACUUGACAAUGGCUGAACUGGAAAAUUCUUUCGGAAGUAACACAUGCCGCUGUACCGGCUACAGACCGAUUUUGGAUACAAUAAAAUCCUUUGCAGUUGACGCCCCUACAGACAUGCUAACCGACAUAGAAGAAUUGAAAAUCUGCAAUAAAACCAAGAAAAUAUGUGAAAGGAAAUGCUCCAUAGAUAGCGUAAACAGCGACUGGAGUGUUAUAAAAGUUUCUAGCGUCAUAGAAAUAGACUAUGGCCAUGAAAAAUACAUCAAAGUUUACACGGUUGACGAGAUUUUUGACGCUAUUGCACGGGCGAAUGACCAUUACAUGUUAGUUGAUGGAAAUACCGCCAAAGGUGUCCUUCCAAAAUUAUUCGACUAUCCGCCAGUUCUUAUAGAUAUAAGCGAAGUAUCAUCAUUGAAACAAUACGAGUUUGACCAAAAUCUUAUUCUUGGCGCUAACAUCAGUCUAGAGGAUUGUAUAACCAUAUUCACGAAUGAAGCAAAGAGCAGGGAUGACUUUGGAUAUUUGGAGCAGUUCAGGAAGCAUUUAGAUUUGGUCGCCCACAUUCCUGUUAGGAGGAUUGCUUCGUUAGCUGGAAACCUGAUGAUAAAACACUUGAAACCAGAGUAUCAAUCCGACAUAUUCCUCCUGUUCGAGAGUGUGGGGGCUAUUGUUACAAUAAAAAACUGCCAAGAAGAAUUAGCCCUGACCCUCUCAGAGUUCCUGGCUCAUGACAUGUCAGGAUGGCUGAUAAUAAACUUCAAACUGCCGCCGUUGAGUCCUCGUUAUAUUUAUAAGACUUAUAAGGUAACUCCACGAAAUCAAAACGCGUUGGCCAUUGUAAACGCGGCGUUCAAUUUCAAAUUGAACAAAGAAACAAUGCUAAUAGAAGAAGCUACUAUCGUUUUUGGCAAUAUAUCAGCACACUUCAGUCAUGCUGUAGCAACGGAGCGUUAUUUGGCGGGAAGAAAUGUAUUCUGUAAUGAGAUAUUGUCAGAGGCGAUACGUCACUUGGAACAGGAAAUUGUGCCCGUGGAAAAUCCACCAGAACCCUCGCCCAUGACGAGGAAGAAAUUGGCUAUCGGUAUAUUUUAUAAGUUCAUCCUCAGCAUCGCCCCACCAGACCUUUACCCGGGCAGAUUUUCCUCCGGCGGCACUCUAAUAACCCGUCCGCUAUCUUCCGGGAUGCAACAUUAUCAAACGGACCCAUCUUUGUAUCCUCUCAAUCAGCCAGUGCAAAAGUUAGAGGGGUUGAUACAGAGUGCUGGCGAAGCUGAAUAUGUAAAUGAUAUUCCGCCGAGCCGCCAUGAUGUGUUUGGGGCGUUUGUGCUGUCUACUGUUCACUCUGGACGCGUUGAUGCAUUUGACUAUGACAUUCUUAAAGAACCAGGCGUUAUUGCGUUACUAACAGCUAAAGAUAUACCAGGGGUGAAUUCAUUCGCAUUCCCCGGUAUACCACUCCAAGAAGUCGAAGAAGAAAUCUUAGCUGAGAACGAGAUAAAGUUCUAUGGGCAGCCUAUUGGUAUUCUUGUAGCUGAAAGUGAAAAUCUCGCCGUCAUAAUGGCGGAUAAAGUUAAAGUGACUUACAAAGAUGUUCCCAAAGCUCUUCCAGUUUUGACCAUAGACGAGGCGAAGAAAGACCCUGAUAGGUAUAAAGCUGGGGAAAGCGAUGAAGAGAAGAUUAUACCGAAGGGAUCUGGUCCGAAUGUUAGGAAAAUUAUAAAAGGUAAAUACGAGAUUGGUGCUCAAUACCACUACUACAUAGAACCAAUAUCCUGUGUGGUGAUACCAGUGGACAAAGGUCUCGAGGUGUACAGCACUGCGCAGUGGAUGGACCUGGUGCAGAUUUGUGUGGCCCGCUGCUUGAGUAUGAAGGAAAGCGAUGUUCUCGUAAAGGUUCGUCGUCUGGGCGGCGGUUUUGGCGGCAAACUGAGCCGAAAUGUCCAAGUGGCCACAGCUUGCGCGAUAGUAGCAAGGAAUCUUAACCGACCGUGUCGCUUCAUCUUACCGUAUGGAACUAAUAUCACGUCCAUGGGGAGGAGGGUGCCAGCUCAGUGUAAUUACGAGGUGGGUGUGGAUGACGUGGGAAAGAUUCAAUACCUUAAAGCUAUAAUUAUAGAGGAUGAUGGCUGUACGCACAACGAAGGCAUCUUGUCAUACGUCGCAGGAGGUUUCCCGAACUGCUACGAUUCUAGCUUCUUUAGCCUGCAAACUGGAAGAGUUACUACUCAACGUCCUUCUAACACUUUUAAUCGAGCACCUGGAACAUUAGAAGGUAUCGCCGCUAUUGAAGAAAUCAUGGAGCGCAUAGCUUUCGAACUGAAAAAAGAUCCGACAGAGGUUCGUCUAGCGAACAUGAGGGCAGAAGACAAUGAUAUACCAGAGUUGAUAGAGAAGUUGAAAGUCCAAGCCGAUUACGAUAAACGGCGUGCAGAAGUAGACCAAUUUAAUAAAGACAACCGUUGGAUGAAAAAAGGUCUACACAUCGCUGUGAUGCUCUUUCCCGUGGAAUACUAUGGGAAUUAUUCGGCUAUGGUUUCGAUAUAUCGUGGGGAUGCAACUGUAACUGUCACUACGGGUGGUAUAGAGAUGGGCCAAGGAGUCAAUACAAAGGCAGCCCAAGUCUGCGCGUACGAGCUUGGAAUAUCUCUAGAUUUAGUAUCUGUUCUACCAAGCUAUUCCUUCGUUGCCGCUAACAAUGUAUUCUCGGGUUCCAGUAUUGUCAGCGAAAGUGUGUCCUACGCUAUACAACGGGCAUGUCAGACACUAAGAGAUAGAUUAGCACCGAUAAAGGCGAAAUUGGUCAAUCCUACUUGGUUGGAACUCAUUCAAAAGGCUGGAGAGGAGCAAAUUGACCUUGUAGCUGAGUAUAUGAUGAACGAUAAGGACCCCAACCUACAGGACUAUAGUGCGUUUAAUGUUACAAUUUGUGAGGUACAGUUGGACGUGUUGCUCGGAAGGUUCCAGAUAAAUAGAGUCGAUACGCUAGAAGAUGCUGGUUUGAGCGCUAAUCCAGCUGUUGAUAUAGGACAGGUGGAAGGAGCCUAUAUACAAGGACUGAGUUAUCACACAUUCGAAAAUUUCGUGUAUGAUAAGCUAACUGGGAAGUUGUUAAAUGAUAGAGCUCUGAAUUAUGAGGUAUAUUUAGCCAAGGAUAUUCCUGUGGACUACAGGGUAUAUUUGAGAUAUAAUUCGAAGAAUACGAAAGGCGUAUUGGGAGCCAAAACGGCCGGAGAAAUGGGCGUGUGUACAGGCUAUGGUAUAACUUACGCCUUGCGGGAAUGUAUCAACGAAUCCCGAAAGGAUUCUGGUUACGAUCUCUCAGUAUAUUACGAUUUUGACUUCCCCCGCAACACAGAAGCUAUAUUAAAAGCGUUGGAUGUGAAAUUGAGCGAAUUUAUAUUGAUGCCAUAAACAUUGCCU